UGGCUUGUAUUUUUAUUUAUCUAAAACAACCAGAGUUCACCCGAGAGAGAGCCUUCAGCCGAGAGAGAAGAAAUAACACAGAGAGCGUCGCACACAGGUAAAAGAGUUCAGGGGUGGGGUUUCUUGCUUCCAGCGCUGGUUCACGCAGGUUUCUUGGGUCCGUUCUUGAGCUGAUUUUGGAGGAGAUCGGUAAGCCCAGAGAAGUAGAUCUGUGUAUAUGUAUUCAUUUCCAUCAUUAUUAAAGGGUUUCUGAGCCCCGGUAACCGGCCUCUUUCUCUCUCUCUCUCAUCGCCAUGGCUAUGCAGUCCGGGAUUGGCUUCUCCAAGAUCCUUAUCUUGGUCGGAGCAGGGUACACCAGUACCAUCUUGCUUAAAAACGGGAAAUUGUCUGAUGUUCUUGGCGAACUCCAGUCCUUGGUGAAAGGAAUGGAGAAGUCUGGGGACCAAUCGGCUGACUCUGAAUUUUCUGAUGCCAUUGCAGCUCAGGUUCGUCGGUUGGCAAUGGAGGUUCGGCAACUAGCUUCUGCACGACAGAUAACUGUUCUGAAUGGGAAUUCUGGCCAAAUUGGGAACAUAACAUCUUUUGUGAUGCCAGCAGCUGCCUUGGGUGCACUAGGUUAUGGAUAUAUGUGGUGGAAGGGUCUUAAAUUUUCAGAUCUUAUGUAUGUAACAAAACGCAACAUGGCAAAUGCUGUUUCAAACUUGACGAAGCAUUUGGAGAAUGUAUCAGAGGCUCUUGCUGCCACAAAGAGGCAUUUGACACAGCGCAUUGAGAACUUGGAUGGAAAACUGGAUGAACAAAUGGAGAUGUCAAAGUUAAUUAAGAAUGAGGUCACUGAUGUUCGUGCUGAUCUUUCACAAUUUGGAUAUGAUUUGGAUGCAUUACAGAGAAUGGUUUCUGGUCUGGAUGGAAAGAUUUGUGAGUUGGAAGACAAGCAGGAUCUUGGAAAUGUUGGUGUGUUAUACCUGUGCAACUUGGCUGAUGGAAGAAAAAUGAAAAUGCCUGAAGUUCUGCAGGAACAGCUGAAACUUUCUGGAAGAACUCGUGGUUUUCUCACGGCUUCUGAUACAUUAAGUCCCAAGGGUCUAAAGGAGAUUGCUGACAGUUUUGGGAUGAAAAAUAUGAAUAGGUCACUAACGGAUGGCAUCGCACAAGAUGAUCUUGAUAAGUUGGAUGACCAGCCAAGAAGCUUGAUGAGGACCGCCUCAAUCAAGUGCUGAUUUAGCAUCAUUUUAGUACAAGGUUACUUCGCUUUCUUGUUCACCUCGCCCGUGUAGAUAGGUUUAUCUUUCUUGGAGUGCUUUUUAAUCGUAUCACCAGAAUAAUGUGAUAAUAGUUCCAAGCGGAUCGUGAACAUCAUGGCUUGCCUUGUAGUUUUUCGUCCUUGUUGAUGGUUUUUUUUUUAUUGAUCCAAACUUCCGGUAAAACAUCAAGCACUGUUGCUGAAAUUGUUCUGUUGCCAUAAUGCACCAGAGAUUUUACGGGAGCUUUUGUUGUAUGUAUAGAAUUGGAGAAGACUCGUUUUCAUGCUCUGAUGGUUCUGCUUAUUACACAAGGCAAAUAAAUCUGUCUAGCUCAGUGAGAUUAUUUCAGACCAUGCAUACAAAUGAAGUUUGUACUGCAAUAACAACUAUCAGUAUUAUAUAUGAUGUAUGUUCACUUCUGGGCACUGCUGGAAUUCAGUCAAUUUAGAGACUGACUGGUAAUAUUAUUUCUCUUCUGCUUGUA